UGCUCGGGCUGCCAAGCGCACUUUGGCAGUUCGGUUUGACAGAAGCAAAAUUUUCCCUGUUUAUUUACAAAAGAAAAUAGUGGCGCUCGUUCGAAAAAUAGUGAUUUCUUGCGGACAAAUCGACACAAUCGAAAUGAAUUCGGCCACAAAAGUGGGUGAAAUUUUCACCGCCGCCGGGGCGGCCUUCAAUCGGCUGGGCGAACUCACGAUGCAGCUUCAUCCGUCGUCGGAUUCCCCGACCGGGAGCAAAUGGACAGAUGAAGAAAUAGAAAUGCUCCGGUCGGCCGUGACGCGUUUCAGCGAAGAUCUGAACAAGGUUAGCCAACGGAUCAAGGGACGGACGGUGUCACAAAUCCGGCAAACCCUCAAAAAGAAAGCCUUUGAAGAUGCCGGAAUACAGAUCAAGCAGCAACCCCCGCAGCAGCAACAGCCACAGCAGCAGCAAGUCCAAGUUCAAGUACAAGUUCAACAGCAGCAACUGGCCACUCCGCCUGCGCAAACGAUUCUCGUUCAGCAGCAGCCGCAGACGGUGCAGCCGGCCACGAGUGGGACCGAUCAGCAGACGACGCUGAUUGUGAAGCAGGAGGACCUCGACGCGGCGCCCGGAACAGCGGUGGCCACCCAGGAAUAUUUAAACAAACCUUCUGAUAUGAUGAUGACGCUGAACCGGCUGAACGUGCAGGAGUCGGAAGCGGACGUCGAGGGCCUGUCCUCGUCCGAGGUCAAGAUGGAGUUUGAGCCGGGUGCGGAGGAGGUGGCCGGGUGAGACGAGGUGGCCUUUUACUUUGGCGUUGCCGCGCGGGAAUAAUCGAUCCCGCUGUUCAUCCUCUAUCUUUUUUUUUUGAUAUCUAAUUCAGUUUGAGACAGGUUUAGUUGUUUGAUAAUCCUUUUUAGAUUUUCUUUUUGAAUUAAUUGUUGGAUUCGGUUGAAGAAGUUACGAAAUGAAGUGAAUAAAUAUUUGACGAUGUAAUGUAAAAGUAAAAGUAUCGUUCUGGAAGAAGCUGCUUACCUGAGAGAUUGAUUGCCUUUUCCUGUAACAUUUUCGAUCGCACGAAUUAAGAAAUUUUAUCGUUUGUUAAGUUUCAAUAAGUUUUCCGGCAAUGAAUCGGCUUAGAUUAGAAGUCUCUUUCAAAACGCUACGAAAUUGAACAGUAAAUGUAACGGCAAUGUUUGAUGGUGUAGUGAAACUUAUGAUAAAAGAAAAUAAUAGCGCAAAACAUGAUGAUGAUGUGUAUCUGGAAAGUUUGAAUCCCCCAAAUAAAAAUCUAAACGUAUGAUUAAUCAAAACAAAC